AUGGCUGCUCUUUCUUCUUUAGCUUUGUUAUCUUCGUUUAGAGGCCCUGAAUCAUGCAAGACAAAAUCCCGAAUUCCCCACUCGAAAAUUCCCAGUAACGGUUCGUUUUCAUUUCAGUGUAGAAAGAGCAGAAUCCCACAAAUUUUGUGUUCUGUUUCGGUCUCUGACCCUCAAGUUCGAGCUGGACGACCUUAUGAUUUGGUUGCUUCUAUUCUUUCCAAGGUAUCAGGAACGGACAGGGGUGUUUCGCUAACUAAAGAACAACAAGAAGAAGUAGCAGAAGUUGCGCAAGAAUUGCAGAAAUAUUGUGUUGCCGAACCAGUGAAAUGCCCUCUUAUAUUUGGAGAGUGGGAUGUGGUGUAUUGCUCGAAUCCAACUUCACCUGGAGGUGGCUUCAGGAGUGCAUUCGGUCGCCUUGUUUUUAAAACAAAGGAAAUGAUUCAGGCUGUUGAAGCUCCUGAUACUGUGAGAAACAAGGUGUCAUUUUCUGCUUUGGGUUUCCUUGAUGGAGAGGUCUCCUUGAAAGGUAAGUUGAAAGCUUUAGAUGAUAGUUGGAUUCAAGUUAUAUUUGAGGCACCUCAACUAAAGGUUGGAUCACUGGAGUUCCAGUACGGUGGAGAAAGCGAGGUUAGGUUGCAGAUCACUUAUAUCGAUGAGAAGAUCAGGUUGGGAAAGGGCUCAAGAGGUUCUUUGUUCGUUUUUCAAAGACGCAAAUAG